AUGGGUAGCUCUGAUUUUUCAUGGAAACUGAAGGAUCAUCCGCAGCUGCCCAAGGGGAAAACCAUAGCCAUGAUAGUUUUGGAUGGGUGGGGCGAGGCCAAACCCAAUCAGUACAAUUGUAUCCACGUGGCUGAGACGCCCACCAUGGAUUCACUAAAAAAUGGUGCCCCUGAAAGAUGGAGAUUGGUUAAGGCCCAUGGUAAGUACGUGGGUCUCCCCACAGAUGAUGACAUGGGCAACAGUGAGGUCGGCCAUAACGCUCUUGGUGCUGGAAGGAUCUACGCACAAGGUGCUAAGCUUGUUGAUAUUGCUCUUGAGACUGGUAAAAUUUAUGAUGGAGAAGGUUUCAAGUACAUUAAACAAUCUUUUGAAACUGGAACACUGCAUCUAAUCGGAUUAUUGAGCGAUGGAGGUGUCCACUCUAGGCUCGAUCAGCUGCAGGUAUCUCAAUGCCUUAAUUUUAUCCUCCAUUACUCAAGAAUAAUUUGUUUAUUUUCUGAAUAUUCCAACUUUGUAGAUCGCGUCGAUGCCCAGAUUGCAUCUGGUGGAGGUCGUAUGUAUGUUACAAUGGACCGAUAUGAGAAUGACUGGGAGGUCGUGAAACGAGGAUGGGAUGCCCAAGUGCUAGGAGAAGCACCACACAAGUUCAAGAGUGCAGUUGAAGCUGUCAAAAAGCUGAGAGAAAUUCCAAACACGAAUGACCAAUAUUUACCCCCUUUUGUUAUCGUCGAUGAUAGCGGGAAAUCCGUGGGGCCUAUUGUUGAUGGGGAUGCCGUUGUAACUUUCAACUAUCGGGCCGAUCGUAUGGUUAUGAUUGCCAAGUCGCUCGAGUACGAGGACUUUGAUAAAUUUGACCGAGUUCGAGUUCCUAAAAUACGAUAUGCCGGGAUGCUUCAGUAUGAUGGCGAACUUAAACUUCCUAGCAACUAUCUUGUUUCACCUCCCGAAAUCGAGAGAACCUCUGGAGAAUAUUUGGUAAAUAAUGGUAUCCGCACUUUUGCCUGUAGUGAAACGGUUAAAUUUGGUCAUGUCACGUUUUUCUGGAAUGGAAACCGCUCGGGAUACUUUAAUUCAGAAAUGGAAGAAUAUGUGGAGAUUCCAAGUGAUAGUGGCAUUACGUUCAAUGUCCAGCCAAAAAUGAAAGCACUGCAGAUUGCUGAGAAGGCAAGAGAUGCCAUACUUAGCAGAAAAUUCGACCAGGUGCGUGUUAACCUCCCCAAUGGUGACAUGGUGGGACACACUGGAGACAUCGAAGCAACAGUUGUGGCUUGCAAGGCUGCUGAUGAGGCUGUUAAGAUGAUACUUGAUGCAAUCGAGCAAGUUGGCGGGAUAUACGUUGUCACGGCUGACCAUGGAAAUGCAGAGGAUAUGGUGAAAAGGAACAAGAAAGGCGAGCCACUCCUUGACAAGAGUGGCAAAAUACAAAUUCUUACUUCUCACACACUCGAGCCCGUUCCUAUUGCAAUCGGUGGUCCCGGACUGGCGCCCGGCGUGAGAUUCAGGACGGAUGUUCCUAAUGGUGGGCUGGCCAAUGUGGCUGCAACCAUCAUGAACUUGCACGGCUUUGAGGCACCUACCGAUUAUGAGCCGACCCUUAUUGAGGUUGUUGGCAAUUAG